AUGGAGCCGCAGUUCAGGAACUACAGUUCCCAGCAGGCCUCAGGGCCUCUGCAUGUGCUACAACUGGAGAAUGGCACACGCACAAUUGGUGUAAUUCACCGUCUUCAGGCUGGGAAACAGCCCUCCAUAAGUGCGCAGAAGAAAACAAACCGGAGGUCAGGUGCAGGUGAUCAGGCUCUGUUCUCCUCCGUUUAUUCUAUACUGAUGCAGCAACUUCCACGGGAGCCUAUGGAAUGGAGAAGGUCCUAUGGACGACCACCCAAGAUGAUUCACCUUGAAGCGAAUUUUGUUCAGUUUAAAGAGGAGCUGAUACCUAAAGAGGGAAAUCGAGCCCUUCUAACCUUUCCCUUCCUGCACAUAUUCUGGACAGACUGCUGUGAUACAGAGGUUUACAAAGCAACAGCGAAGGACGAGAUCACAAAAUGGCAAAACAUUUUAAAAGCUUAUAGCAGCUCUGAUUGGCUGAUCGUUGUCGUGGAAAGUGAUGCCAAAAAAAAGAACAAAACCAACAUUCUCCCCAGAACAUCAAUUGUUGAUAAGAUCAGAAACGACUUCUGCAACAAACAAAGUGACAGGUGUGUGGUGCUGACGGAUCCACUGAAGGAUUCUUCCCGGACUCAGGAAUCUUGGAAUGCUUUCUUCUCCAAGCUCAGGACUUUGCUGCUUAUGUCAUUUACCAAGAACUUGGGGAAGUUCGAGGAUGAGAUGAGAACAAUGAGGGAGAAGAGGACCGAAGCUGGCUGGAGUUUUUGUGAAUAUUUCAUGGUUCAGGAGGAAUUGGCCUUUGUGUUUGAGAUGCUGCAGCAGUUUGAGGAUGCGCUGGUACAGUACGAUGAGCUUGAUGCACUCUUCACUCAAUAUGUUGUCAACUAUGGUGCUGGAGAUGGAGCCAAUUGGCUGACCUUAUUCUGCCAACCUGUUCGGAGCUGGAAUGGCCUGGUCCUUCGCAAACCAAUCGACAUGGAGAAGAGGGAACUGAUCCAGAAGAACAAGGCCACGCUGCUGGAUCUACGGAGCUACCUGUUCUCAAGGCAGUGCACACUACUCGUCUUCCUGCAGAGGCCCUGGGAGGUAGCACAGCGUGCCCUCGAACUGUUACACAACUGUGUCCAGGAGCUGAAGUUGCUGGAGGUAUCUGUCCCAGUCGGAGCCCUGGAUUGUUGGGUCUUCCUAAGCUGCCUUGAGGUCCUGCAGAGAAUUGAAGGCUGUUGUGAUCAAGCUCAGCUGGAAAACAAUUACUGCCACACUGUUGGCCUGUGGAGCUAUGCAACAGAAAAGCUGAAGUCACUGGGCUAUUUGUGUGGCCUGAUCUCUGAGAAAGGACCAAAUUCUGAGGAUCUGAACAGGACAGUGGAUGUUUUAGCGGGACUGGGAGAGGAACGCCCUGAAACUGCGAAUAGCCCACAAAGUCCCUAUAAGACACUGAAUGAAGCACUGUCAUCUGUAGAGGCCUUUGAGAAACACUACCUGGACCUUUCACAUGCUGCAAUCGAGAUGUACAAAAGCAUUGGACAGAUCCGCUCAGCUCAGCUGCUAGGGAAGGACCUUGCUGAUUUCUACAUGAGAAAAGGAGAGCCUCAGAUAGCUGAAACCUAUCUCCAGGAGGCACUGAAGACGUACCAGGCUGAGGGCUGGCCCCUGCUAAUCUCCCACACCAGGAAACAACUGGCUGAGUGUCAGAAGAGGCUUCAACAAACUCAGAACUACCUGCAGACCAGCAGCCUGCUGGCUGGUGAUGAUAAACUGACCGAGACGGAACGGAUACACUUCUGCCGGGAGAUUGUGAAGCUGGCGAAGCAGCCUGGCAGUGGGCAAGAUGACCGACUGCUGCUGGGGAUGGAGGGCUUUGUCCAGUUGAAGAGUUUAUGCUUUAAUCCAGUGUGUGCGAUGGUGCACGUCGGUGGGGUCCUGGAUGUUGAACUGACUGUGCACAGCCUCAUGCCCCUCCCUGUGCACCUGGAUCAGCUUUCUGUUCACCUGCACCUCACUGUCAGUAAAGACACGUCCAAGAGGAGCGCUGAGUUUGGUGGCCGCAAUCGGAAUGCAAAUGGGAUCUUCCUCUUCCCCAGUGAGCCCACCGGCCACCCCUUCCCCAGGAACAAGCAGCCUUUCAUUGAACUGUACGAACUUUAUGACCGCAGUCCGUCAGAUAGCUCACUGAAUUCCAGCGGUAUCAUCUGUAAGAACAUGCACCUGCUGUUACGGAGGCAAGAGAGCAACACUUCCCUGGAACGAUCCUCAAGUCUGGCUGUGGAAGAUGCUGCGUAUGCAUUACGGAUCAGUGACAUACUGCUGCAACCGGGAAUCAACACCAUCCACUUCAAGACAGAGGCUAAGGAAGCUGGGACCUACACCUUGCGCCAGCUUUGUGCCUCUGUGGGACGGGUCCAGUUCACUCUUCCUCACAUCUAUCCAAUCAUUCAGUAUGAAGUGUACUCACAGGAACCUCAGCUCAAAGUGGAGCCAAUGACCGACAGCCUCCUGGCAGGUAUUUCUCAGCCAGUGAAGUUCACCAUUCAGACAGGACAUUACACAGUGAAGACUGGAGACGCACUGCAACUGAGCAUCACUGACACUCUGCCAAUUCUACAUUCGGCAAGCAGCACUGCCACUGUGUCCACCAACGGCGGAGACAAAAUCUCUGAGGCUCCCUUAGCCAUUCAGUCAUCUGGAAAGAUCACCAGCAUCACCCUGCCACAGGCUGCUGAUUAUCACCAGAUCGAGUUUGAACUUCAUGUUAUCUGUCACAUGCCGUCCACACUGCCAACUGCUCCAGAUUCGGAGAGGCCCAGCACCGACUUAAAGGCAAUUCGCAAAGCUCACGAGAAAACCAAACUGGACAUCCCCUGUAUGACUUCCAUCGAACAGAAGAUUUCCAUCGACUGUCCCUGGUCUAUUUAUUCCACGCUCAUCUCCCUGACCUUCAAUAUACCCUUCAACGCCAAACACUUGCUCCUAUCAUCGGGUCGAAGGAAGUACCUGCAGGUGUGUGUCCGCAACCUGUCAGACAUUGAUUUCCUCUUGUUUGAUCCUCAGUUGGUGAAAGUUUCCAAUAGCUCGGAGCUAAGCUUUGUGUCAAUGAAUUCCCUCAAACAGCAGCACAUGUACAGCAAGCAAGUCACCUUCUUCCUGUGGGAGUUCAAGUGGAGCCAGGAACCAAGGGCCUCUGUGCAUUGCCAAUUCAGUGUGGACUUCACACCACUGCCAGGCCAGGAACUUGGAUCGAUGAAACCAUUUACCUACGAGCUCAAACUGGACAAUUUCUGUACCCUAUAUGAUGUUAAAGCUGAAAUAUUCCCUCCCCUUGGAGCUGAGAUGUGUAAAAUGGGAACCCUGUGCAACCUGGAAGUGUCGAUUGUGCGUCUGUCUGACAUCACCGAGGUGGAUAAGGAUGAAGCUUUAGUGGAGUGCGAUGGGUAUUGUACCACGAAGCUGAUGUAUGAAGUUGUUGACAACAGCAGUAACUGGGCCGUGUGUGGUAAGAGCUCCGGAGUUAUCUCCAUGCCAGUUUCUGCACGUGCCACCCACAAAGUUCACAUGGAAGUGAUGCCUCUGUUUGCUGGAUUCCUCCCAUUUCCUGAUGUUAGACUCUUCAAGUAUCUCCCCUUCCAGCCCAGCCCAUCCGGACAAAUGGACACGGAUAGUUGGAUUGAGAACGACAGUUUGUCCUUGGACAGGAACCUUGAUGACCAGGUAGAAAGCAGCAGUUUGCGGAGCAGGGGAAGUACCCAUUCCUCAGGCAGUAGUGAGCACAAGGGUGUGCCGAUGCCGCGCUUGUUACCAUUCUCAACUGGGCAAGUCUUCAACACCAGUGCCAGCAUGCAGAUUCUUGUUAUUCCCAGUCAGGAUGACCACAUGUUGGAGAUUAAUGUGACGUGACUGCAAUCAAUGAUUUGACUGUGCUCUGUAGCGUUAUGUGAGUGUUCUGUGAUGUGAUGAUGCUCUGUAAUGUAACGUGAAGUCAGAGCUUUGGGACAUUACAUGACAGUGAUUCGUGACAUGACAGUGCACUAACAUAACGUGACUUUGACUGUCACUCUCUGUAAAUGUUACUGUACAGUGAGUUGCUGUGUGAGUGGUGUUGUAAUUAUGUUCUGUCUUUGUAUUAAUUACACCGAAAAAUUAGUGACUCUCUUUCAAUGAGAAAGAAAUGAUGUGAUUUGAUAUAAAAGUCACUUUCUAAGAGCAGGAUUUACAGGAGCUGUUCAGCCCCUCACACACCCCAACAAAACCUGCACUGUCCCUGGACUCCAGCUGUACAUAUCCUGAUAUUCAGGGAUUAGGGGUGACUCUGUGCACACUCCAUGUGAUAUCAGCUCCUGGUUCUCUGAUUCUCUUGGCGAGGCUGCACCUCAAAGCAGUGCCAGUGUCAGAGUGAACCUGCCAAACUGUGUGGGAUGCACAGAGCCACCCUCUGACAGGACUCUCUCACCACUGACCACACCUCAGUGAUUAUUCUCCUUUCCUGAUUGUUUUUGAUUGAAAUGAUUUAGAUCCAGACUGUGGUUGAAUGAAUAAUUCUUUAUUUAUUUACAUAAUCCUUAAUUUUUCAUCCAGGUUUAAUUAUAUAAAUAUAUAUAUAUAUAGAGAGAAAGAUUAAUAUAAGGUUUUGAAAUUUGUGUUGGUGUGAGUGGGUUUCUGGGACAGCUUGCAUUAACCAAGGCUGGAACACCUCAGUGGGGGCAAGUUCACCAGGCACCUGAGACAUCACCCACCCCCGCCCCAAACUCCACACCCACCACCCACCCCCCCCCCACAGCUCAAUUUCAAUGCAAUUCCCCAAAGACUGAGGGGCUGAGAGUCAGGUCAGGGGGUAUCGAUCUACAUUUCUACCCCCGGGAGUUCAGUAUUCACAAUAAAUAAAGUGAUAAUCUCGCGGCUUUGUUACCCCUGUCAAUCUCAGCCUUGUGUUAGUCAUUACAGAGUGCAAAUGCUGGAUGUUCAGUAAACUGUCAGCAUUCUAGAAACAUCAUAAAAAUUGACAUCCUCAA